AAGUGUCACAAACGUCAACGUCUGUGAAUAGUUUGGUUGGCGUUUUCCUCUUCUUCUCUCAAUUUAUUUUUACGAAGAAAUACUAGAUUUUUAUAAAUGUACUCGUGAUAAAAAAACUCAAAAGAAAACAACAUUAAUUUACAUAUAAUAAAAUAAACUAUCGCACAGUUGGAAAUGGACGGACCUUCAGGACCUAAAAAGAAGCUGAAAACUUGCGCGCAAGUGGCGACGAAUGUGGUGGAACAGAAGCACCAAGUGUCAAGAGCGACGAGGAGCAGGGCUCUUGGGAGCAGGGCAUUCCGAGGCAGCACUGUAUGGUUCACCGGCCUCAGCGGUGCUGGCAAGACCAGCAUUGCCUUUGCGUUAGAAGCCUACCUGGUUUCCAAAGGCAUCCCAGCAUACGGUCUCGACGGUGACAACAUCCGAACCGGUUUGAACAAGAACCUUGGCUUCAGCAAGGAGGAUCGCGAGGAGAAUAUCAGGCGAGUGGCUGAGGUGGCCAAGCUUUUCGCAGAUAGUGGAGUCGUCUGCCUCUGCAGCUUCGUCUCGCCUUUCGCAGAGGACCGCGAGGUGGCCCGCCGAAUCCACACAGACUCGGACCUGCCAUUCUUCGAAGUGUUCAUCGACACACCACUAGAGGUCUGCGAACAGAGAGACACCAAAGGUCUCUACAAGAAAGCGAGGGAAGGACAGAUUAAAGGUUUCACGGGCAUCACACAAGAGUAUGAAAGGCCCGAAGCGCCCGAGCUCAUCAUCCAGACGGUGGGCCGCUCCAUCGAGGAGUCCACCAUGGAGGUCAUCAAAUUACUCGAGUCACAGAGCAUUAUUCCUCGGUUUGAGAACAGCACAGUGACAGUGGAAGAACUGUUCAUAUAUGGGAACAGGCUGACCAGUGCCAUCGAAGAGGCCACCAGGCUACCGCAAAUCGAGAUCACCACCUUGGAUCUACAGUGGGUGCAGGUGUUAUCAGAGGGAUGGGCGUACCCACUCAAAGGUUUCAUGAGAGAGCACGAGUAUUUGCAAGCUCUCCACUCCAACUGCCUGACCCUCCCAGACGGUUCCCUCGUCAACCAAUCAGUGCCAGUGGUCCUCCCAGUGACCUCAGAGGUCAAGGAGCGUUUAACAGGCGCGUCAGCAGUCGCUCUCGUGCAUGGAGGAAAGGCUGUGGCGGUAUUGAGGGCACCAGAGUUCUACCCGCAUAGGAAGGUGGAACGAUGCUCGAGGCAGUUUGGUAUCUACCACACAGGGCACCCUUAUAUCAAGAUGAUCGAGGAAUCCGGCGACUGGCUGGUAGGCGGCAACUUGGAAGUGUUCGAGCGCGUCCGCUGGAACGACGGGCUGGACUCGUACCGGCUCACGCCCAACGAACUGCGGCAGAAGUUCAAGGAACUUGGGGCUGACGCUGUGUUCGCCUUCCAACUAAGGAAUCCCAUCCAUAACGGUCACGCUUUGCUCAUGCAAGAUACACACCGCCAACUCGUCGAGCGAGGAUUCAAAAAACCCGUAUUGCUGUUGCACCCUCUUGGCGGCUGGACCAAGGACGACGACGUGCCGUUAGAAGUCCGCAUCAGCCAGCACAAGGCCGUGCUCGCGGAGAACGUUUUGGAUCCGCGCGCCACCGUGCUCGCCAUCUUCCCCUCGCCCAUGAUGUAUGCCGGUCCUACUGAGGUGCAAUGGCACGCCAAAUGCCGCAUGAACGCGGGCGCCAACCACUACAUAGUGGGCCGCGACCCCGCCGGCCUGCCGCACCCCGGCGCGCCCGGGGACCUCUACGACCCGCGCCACGGGGCCAUGCUGCUCAAGAUGGCGCCCGGCCUGAACGAGCUUGAGAUAAUUCCAUUCCGUGUCGCGGCGUACGACACCUCAAUCGGCAAGAUGGCUUUCUUCGACCCGACGAGGAAGGAGGACUUUGAUUUCAUAUCUGGAACUAGGAUGCGAGGUCUUGCCAGAGCAGGCAAAGAACCUCCAAAAGGCUUCAUGGCGCCCACCGCGUGGAAAGUCCUGUCAGAAUAUUACCAAUCUCUAAAAUCCAAGAUGGAAACCAACUAAUUUAUAGCCAUAAUUAUUCCGUCUUAGCUGAAACUAUUUUAAUAGGCGCCAUUUGAUUCUACAAAAUUUCCUAGUCAUUAACUUUUGGGAACUACACUUUAAAAUUAUUCUAUAUACACUUUUUCCCUAUUGAGUUAGUACAUUAAUCCUCUCUGGAAUUAUGUCAUGUUUGAUGUUCGCUUAUUAAAAUAGUUAUAAAGAUAGAAAAUUCUUAAAUUACCUUAAGAUUUACCCAACUUUGACUUAUAAAUUGAUUUUAUUUUUAGGUAAAUAUUCAUGUUAUUUUAUUGUAAAUUAUGAAAUCAACGAAAAUUUUAUUUUGGUACUUAUUUAUGACCUAUUGUUGUAUCUGGUGCAAUAUUUAUUUUUAACAAAUUGUUUAUUUUAUUACUUGAUUUACACAUUCCUUAAGAAUUAUUGUUUCUUGAGAUUAGAGAUAAUAUUUACAUUCCGUUUUGGAGAAUUCAAAUUAUAUAAAAUAGACGACAAAAUAGAUGUUUGGGACAUGCGCUACAUUUAUGUAAUGAUUUUAUGUUAUGUUAGCUGAGGUACAUAAGUUUAUAAUGUUUUAUGUUAGAGUUAUGUACUUGUAAAUGUAUUGUUAAUUUUAAGAAGUCUAAUAUAAAUUGUUGUAACAUCAGUGAAGGUGCUUAUAAAAC